GCCGAAUCCAAGAUGCACCACGAGGUGUUCCUCGCGCUCCUCGGCGUCACGGGCGAAGUCGUCGUCGAGGACCCGUCCGGCGACGGCUUCCUCAUCGACGCCAACUACUGCCCGUCGCUGCUCUCAGUCGCGGACCGCGCGAUACUGCUCCAGGUGCUACGCGUGGGCCACGCGUACAAGCACAUCUUGGCCUUUGCGGCGCCACUCGCACCGGUGCCCGCGGUCGCGGCCAGCCACAGCCUGUAUCGCCACGCGUUGCAGCACGCAAUCGGCACGGUCCUCCGAGAGUACGAGCGCCACGUCACGGAGCUCGAGGCUGUCGUUCUCUCGAAGGCAAGCACGCGCACACUGCCGCUGGCGUUCUUGCAAGUCGAGCUCGCGACCGAACUCGACACAUUCCCGUUCCUCUUGCGCAUUAUCCAACAAGUGCGAACGCUGCGAGGCAAAGACGUCCUCGAACUUAUCAAGGCGCACGAGACGCAAGGCAUACCGAGCCUUCAACGAGUGGCGCGGCGCCUGCUCACGGCUUUGCACCGCGUUCUCUUUCGCCAAAUGCUCGCGUGGAUGGUUUCCGGCGCGAGCCUUGUGGAUCCGUACGACGAGUUCUUCGUCGUGGCUGACGCCGGCAGCUUUGUGCUCGCGCUAGCCCGCGCGCCGCUGCGCUACUGGCCAGCGACCAUCUGCGAGGACGUCCUCUUCGUUGGCAACGCGAUGCGCACCGUGCGGGAGACCUCCAUGGUUUCGGCGCUGGCCCUUCAGGCCGAUAUUGCGCACCUGCUCCAGACGCCGCCCGAUGUAUGGGACUCGUUCGCCUUCGCGUCUAGCGUUGGCGCGCUUCGGGCCAAGGUCGCGAGCGAGCUCUACAUGCACGUGCUCGCUUCGGCCAAGUUUGUGCCCGCCCUGCACCGCAUGAAGGCGUUCUUUCUAUGCGGCGACGGCGCGCUCUUCAACGCGCUUCUCGAGGCGAUGGACCCGAUCAUGCGCUCGCCGCCGCACGCGCGGUCCGAGACGGACCUGCACCACGGCGUGUGGGCCCCGCUUCUCCGGCAGUACGACACGUCGAUGCGCACGGACGACGACGAUGACGCAGACAAGUACGUGAUCGCGCUCAAGGUACCCGUGCAGAACUUUGACACGCGGACGUUCGCUGGACUCGUUUCGGAGGGUGUGACGAGCGACACGGGCAGCCUCGAGUGCUCUGGUCCAGCGUACGGCGUCGGCUACUGGCCCCAUGUCCAGUACGUCCAGGGCGGUGCCGCGUCCAUCUCUGCGACGUUCUCGAUCGCGUCGCCAGUGGCUUCGGUCGUUCAGGGCUUUUGCGUUCUCAUUGCCGAAACGGAUGCACCGAGCGAAGUGGCACCGCCAAGCUGGACACCGACGUCGGGGCUUGUACUGUCGGGGGCUGUACCGACACUUGCUGUCGAGCUUGUGCUUGAAACGACGGUCACUCGAGCAUCGAUGACGACGACUGCCGCGACUCUGAGGGUACUCGACACGAAGGGCGGCAGCAAUGCAGCACCACUGUUUCGAUCUCCAGAAAGCAUCGAGCUUCCGAUGUCGGGUAUUUGGACCCUCGAUGUCGCAUUCACGCUGUGCCUCCCGACUCGAGGCGAGCCAGGCAUGCUUCUUUGCGUCCGCGACGUCGGCCCGGUUUUUGAGAUCCCGCUCCCCCGACGCAAGGAGGCGUCACCCGUCGUUCUUGGUCUCGGUCUUUCCCCUGGCGUGCAAGUACAUCACUGGAGCUUUGCGACCGCCCCCGUGGCCGACCCGUGGCGCAAUGUGACGCUUAUGCUGACGCCGAGCUACGCCGACGUCUUCCGCGUCCUCUUCCGCCUCAAGCGGUUGCUCUACGCGCUCAACCACCUCAAUGUUGCGGGUGUGCACCGCGACUGCCUUGCGCGACACGAGAUGACGUUUGUAUUGCACCACUUGCUCCUCUACUUUCACGUAUCGGUCGUCGAAGCCUCGUUUGAGACGCUGCUGGCGACGAUCUCGGCGACAACCGACUUUGAUGUUGUCCAGCGCGCCCAUGCGAGCUUCGUCGCUGGCGUCGGGAAAAAGUGUUUUGUGCACGCUACGGCCGUCAUGGCGGCGCUCGACCGGGUGCUCGAGACCGUCGGGCGCUUUGUGCAGGCGCCAAGUGACCUCCUUCCGACCUUUCGUGACCACUGCCGCCUGCUCUUCACAGUUCUCAACCAGACGAACGCCCGCGAGCUCAUGGCGCAGCUCGAUUUCAACGGCUACGUUUCGUCUCUCGUCAGCACCGAUCGGCGAGUUUAA